UGACGGCAGAAGAAAUAUCACCUUUUUGUGGUGGAAACUACAAUAUAAUUUUUUGAUGCAUGAGAAUGUAGAAAGUGUAAAUAGUGGAAGCUGCUAAAUCAUAAUGCAAACAGCUCUUCAGCCCAUGAGUUGAAUUUUCUUCCGUGAAAUGGUUUGGCAUUAUUUUUUAAGUAUCAUUCACCUCAAAUGAAAUUUCCACUGACACGGAAGCUUGAUGGAACAACCCUGUUUUUAUUUUCUUGAGUUUUACCAUGAGGGCUCGUCUUCCCAAAGAGAGCAGUCCCGUUCCGAUAACCACUGAGGAAAGUGACUUCAUCUGCUUCCUCUGUGUUUGGUUUUUUGACAAGUAAGCACAGGAAACCCUGUACAAGUGGCAAGGCAGAAGGAAGAACCACUCCAACCCAAAGGAGCUAAUCAGUCUGGAGCACACACAGUUGCUGUAGAACCUAGGGCUGUAGAAAGUGGAGCAGAGAUGCUCGCUGAGAUGAAGUGUUUGCAUGAAAAGAUGCUCACUGUAUUGGUGGUUAAACAGACACCAGAAUGGAUGUUGUGGUGAUAUAAUUGCGUGCGCCAUGGAAGCCAAAUGUGGAAUUAAUUUUGUUCUGAAGAACUGGAGUGCCUGUGCCCUGCUCACUGUCACAGUGGUGAUGGCAACAAUUGGAUCAUUCCCAGCAAGAGGGUCCAUUCAAAAUAAGUCUGAACAGCAUCAUGCCAACAGUUCAGUCACAGCAAUGAUGGUGAACAAUAUUAAACUUCAGCUGGCAGAAGGCAAAUCAAAAACGGAUGCAGUGGUUGGCACUGAAGUUAUACUGACCUGUCCCCAUCAGAGACCUAUGAUAAUGGUAUCUUGGAAUGCCAACUUAAAGAAUGGAACAGUUUGCUAUUUAUCAUACAUCAGUGACAGAAAUCAAACAGGGGGAAACUGCAGUGAGGAUAGCAUGUGUUGGUUAUCUAGACCAGACAAGGACUCCACCCUUCAGUUAAAGUCAGCACAGAUAUCCAGUGAAGGAAUAUAUAAAUGUUCUACAGCAACUGCUGAUGGAACAUUCAGCCAUGAACAUAAUCUAACCAUAUUAGUACCUCCUGAGGCGUCCCUGAUUCAUGACGACAUCAAUGGAACUGCCAUUUGCAAGGCAGUUGCAGGGAAACCAGCUGCACAGAUCUCAUGGUUCCCAGGAGGAGAGUAUAACACCAAGAGUGAAAAUUUGCUUAAUGGCACACAGACUGUCACCAGCGUAUACAAGGUCAACAACUCUGAGGGGAGCAAAGUAACUUGCUUUGUCUCCCAUCCUGCAUGGAAGGAGUCCUUCAGGCUCUCAUUAGGUGGACAAAGUAAAAAAAAGGAAGAUGUAACAAUCACCAUUCUAUUUUCCAGCCUUGCUGGUGUCUUGGGAAUUCUCCUGCUUUCAGUUUUCAUCUGCCUCCUCUAUAGAAGAAAAAGAGAAGUUGCAGCACCCAAAAGUCCUGAAACAAUGUCAAGACCAAGCAUCCAGGAGAGUGAGUUGGAGCCAUAUGCCAUUUUCGUACAAGUGGAAAAUGUGAUCUAUGAGAAAGCAGGUGACUUCCCACAGAGUGAAUGACACUUCCCACCAGAACUCUUUUCUUCAACAUGAAACAGUGUCUGACUUGAACUGUGUAACAGAAAAAUACAUGGGCAGGGGGGUCAUUAACACCUUACAGUGACCCUCCCAUGGACAUGGGUACAUCUUGGCUUUCUGUAUCCUUCCCACAAACCCAACAGCCUGUUGUCUCUCUCUGCCAAUGCCCCAUACUUGUCAAAAAACCAGAGUCAAUUAUCUGUAUGUAAAAGAGGCUGAGCAAUUAUGCACCUUUUCUCCAGGCUCUGUGGAAUUCUUCCAAGAACUCUGCUGGCCUUAAAUAUUCUGCUCUGCAUCAUAACGAAUCUUCUUUUUCUCACAUUGACUGUAUUUUUCCAGUCUAAGCAUUCAGAAAGCUGUUUCGAAAACUAUGACAAGAGGUGAUUCUAAUUAAUUGUCACUGUCUUUCUGCCUAAUCCAAGCAGACCAUUCACUUCAAUAUGGGGCAUUAAGUACAGGUUAAGAAGAUCAAACCUAUCCAUUCUUAAGGAAAUCAGCCCUGAGUGCUCACUGGAAGGACAGAUCCUGAAGCUGAGACUCCAAUACUUUGGCCACCUCAUGAGAAGAGAAGACUCCCUGGAAAAGACCCUGAUGUUGGGAAAGAUGGAGGGCACAAGGAGAAGGGGACGACAGAGGACGAGAUGGUUGGAUAGUGUUCUCGAAGCUACCAGCAUGAGUUUGACCAAACUGCGGGAGGCAGUGGAAUACAGGAGUGCCUGGCAUGCUCUGGUCCAUGGGGUCACGAAGAGUCGGACACGACUAAACAAC